AUGUCAAGACUAGGGGAUGAUGCUACAACAAUUUUUGACUUUACAACUGAUGCUGAUACUAUUAUAACGCCUGAUAAUGCACCAACAAAAACUGAAAAAAUAACUGCUAAAGGUUCUAUCACACCCGACACACCUAAUAUUACACCUGAUACUAUCGACACUACUCUUUUUAAUAAUAGUUCUGCCUUUAGCAGUAAAACAAGCUUCUCUGAUGACCCUGUAGUACCCUCGCUUGAAAAAGUAAUUAGGAGAAAAAACACGUCUAAUAAUUUUAAUAUUAAUGUUAAAUUAACUCAUUCUUCUUCUGUUGCCACACCUAUAGAUGAAAUUAAUAACGAUCUUAUAAAGAGUGAAUAUGUUGUUAAAAAUGUUCCUCCUAACAAUGAGCCUGAUAAAGAUAAUCUUAAAAUUUUAAAAGAAAAGGCUGUUGCAGAUUAUGAUGCAUUAGUUGAUAAACAGCGUGUUCAACGUCUUAAAUUUCUUUUAGAAAAAUCAUCGCUCUACGCUCAAUUUCUUGCGAAUAAAAUGGAAAGACAACAACAAGAACAACGUGAACGUGCUCAAGCUGAAGAAAUAAGGCGCGCGAAAGCUAAAGAAAAACAAGAAAAAAUUUCUGCUGGACCUACACUUGCUUCAGUUGCUUUGACCUCUGAUGUUGCUGAUAACUCAUCUUCCAUUUCUAUAAAUCAACAGCAAUCAACAACAAAAAAAAGAGGUGCUCCAAAGAAAAGAAAAGCUGAUGACUCAAGUUACAACAUUUUAGAUUAUGAUAUUUCCAAGCGUCGUAAAGGUGACUAUACCACUGCAGCUGUAGUUGAGAAUUUUAAUCCGGGAGAUUAUCCGGAGGUUGAGGUUUACAUACCACCGGCAGGUUCGGCCGAUGAAGCAUCGAAGGACAAACCAGAUGAUGACUUGGCAAAUGAGGAAGUAACUAAUAAUAAUCAAACCAAUGGUGAUUUCGAUCGAUCAUUGAUUUCUGCUCGCCAACCAAAAUUGGUAACUGGUGGUAUCCUCCGUGACUAUCAAUUGACUGGUUUUGAAUGGCUUGUGAGUUUAUAUGACAAUGGAUUGAAUGGAAUCUUGGCCGAUGAAAUGGGCUUGGGAAAAACUUUACAAACCAUUGCUUUUCUAGCUUAUCUUUGGGAGAAUAAGAUCUAUGGUCCAUUCCUCAUUGUUGCUCCACUUUCAACACUUGCCAAUUGGGUUAAACGUGCACAUAUGAGAAGUAGACGACUUAAAAAAAUUGAUCACACUUUCCCAAUUGUAGUUACAAGUUACGAGAUUGUCAUGAAUGAUCGAAAAUAUCUUCAAAAAUAUGCCUGGAAAUACAUCGUAGUUGACGAAGGACAUCGUAUCAAAAAUUUAAAUUGUAAGCUUAUAAGAGAAUUAAAAACCUAUCAAUCCGCCAAUCGAUUGCUUUUAACUGGUACUCCUUUACAGAAUAAUCUGGCAGAAUUAUGGAGUCUUUUAAAUUUCCUUUUACCUGAUAUAUUCGACGAUCUUGACAACGGUGAAACAGUCAUACUUGCCAAAGAGCAACAAAACGAAGUCGUUAGUAAUCUUCAUAGAAUUUUAAAACCAUUCCUACUACGUCGCUUGAAAAGUGAUGUUGAAUAUGCGCUUCCAAAGAAAAAGGAAUUUCUUUUAUAUGCACCAUUAACUCGUCAACAAAAAGAAGUAUAUGAUGCUAUCUUGAGUAGAAAUAUUCGCCCUUUUCUUUUAGGGAAAAAAUUAGGCAGAGAGUUAGAUGGCGAUACAAUGGUAGAUCCGAUGGAUAUCGAUAAUGAAAGUUACAUUCGAGGUAGCAAAUUACGUAGAUUGAAACCAAGAGCUUAUAAAGAAAUGACAGACGAUGAAUUUUUUGAUGUUAUUGAGAAAGGUGAAGAUGAAAUUAGCCAAGAAGAGUUGCUAGAAAACAGUAUUAUAGCUGAAAAAGAAACAAAAACUAACAGAGUUGUCAAAUCUGUCAAUUGCAUGAAAUUACAGAAUGCAGUUAUGCAGCUGCGCAAAAUUUGUAAUCAUCCUUAUUUGUUUGAUUGGCCUGUUGAUCCAGAAACAGAUACCUACCAAAUAUCUAAAGAAUUGAUUGCCGCUUCCGGAAAAAUGAUAUUGUUAAAGAGAUUGCUUGAUGCGCUAUUUGAACGCGACCAUAAAGUUCUAAUAUUUUCACAAUUCACAACUAUGCUUGACAUUAUUGAAGAUUGGGCUACUACAUAUGAAAACUGGCAAUUGUGUAGAAUUGAUGGUAGCAUAGACCAAGAAACUAGAAGAAAACAAAUCCAAGAAUUUAAUACAAAUCCUAAAAUAAAAUUAUUCAUUCUUUCAACACGUGCUGGCGGGUUGGGCAUUAACUUGACUGCUGCCGAUACUGUUAUUAUAUAUGAUAGUGACUGGAAUCCACAAAUAGAUUUACAGGCACAAGAUCGUGUACAUCGUAUUGGACAAACGAGACCAGUUAUAAUUUACAGAAUGGUAACUGCAAAUACUAUAGAAUGUAAGAUUUUAGAGAAAGCAUCUGCCAAAAGAAAGUUGGAAAAAUUGGUUAUCCAUAAAGGAAAAUUCAAGCUUCCAACAUCUCGUGACAAUCCAAUUGCCAGUCUAGCUGAAUUGGAAGAAAUUUUAGCAGGAGAAGAUAAUGAGAAAGUUCAAUUGGCUCAGUUAGGGGAUGAGAUUAUUCCAGAUACAGAUUUGGUACGUUUACUUGAUAGGAGUGAGGAGGCAUUCGAGAAAGUUGGUACUGCAGCUGAACAAGAAGAAAGGGGACGAAUUUUCAAGGUUAUUUCAGAAGUUAGAGAUCAAAAUAAUGAUGCUUUGGCUCAAAUGAGCAACCAAGAUUAG